CGUCGCGCACGCAGCAGCGGAGCACUGCGGGGGACAGCGCAGCGGCUGUUGCACGGGGAUGAUGUAAUGUUGCUCCGGAUGGCGGUGUGCGCCAGGCUCUGCGGAGCGGGACAGUCGCGGCGCUGCAGGCGGCGGCAGAGGCACAGCCAGCCGCAUCAGGACAGCGACUCCGACAUGGACAUGGACGAGGAGGAGGAAGAGGAGAGGGUCGUGGGCAAAACGAAAGACGAGCCCGAUGGCGGCAGCAGCUGUCAUAGCAGCGGAGCCGGUGUCCUCGGGUCUGGGGCCUCCGCGGGGCCACCGCACCCGCAGUCGCUGCUGGAUCUGCCGCCGGAGCUCCUGGUGGAGAUCUUCUCCUCUCUACCCGGCACUGCGCUGCCCAACCUGGCGCUGGUGUGCAAGAAAUUCAGGCAGAUCCUCAACACGGAAACAAUCUGGAGGAGGAGAUGUACAGAGGAAUUCGGUAUGAGAGAUGACCUGCGGAAGAUGGAGAUCUUGGGCAUGUCGAGCCGAGAUCUGUAUGUGAAACGUGUGAACCCGCAGGUGAAGUCGGGACGCUUUAUGAAGCUCCUCCCUGAUUAUGAGCACAUGGACUAUCGGGACGUGUACACACACUUGUUACAUCCCUAUAGACACAUCCUGGGCCUCUGGCAGCCUGAUAUUGGGCCCUAUGGAGGACUGCUGAACGUGGUGGUUGACGGGCUGUUCAUCAUAGGCUGGAUGUAUUUACCGCCCCAUGAUCCCCGUGUGGAGGACCCCAUGCGUAGACGGCCGCUCUUCCGCAUUCAUAUGUGGGAGAAAAACAAAGCCGCGGUAGAAUGUAUGUACGGACACAAGGGCCCUCAUAAAGGAGACAUUCAGACUGUGAAAAAAGAUGAAUUUUCCACCAAAUGCAACCAGACCGAUCACCAUCGAAUGCCUGGAGGAAGGCAAGAGGAGUUCAGAACGUGGUUGGAGGAGGAAUGGGGAAGAACAUUGGAGGACAUUUUCCAUGAGCACAUGCAGGAGUUGAUCCUCAUGAAGUUCAUUUACACCAGCCAAUAUGAUAAUUGCCUGACGUACCGGCGGAUUUAUCUGCCCCCGUGCCUCCCUUCAGACCUGCUGCAGCCGGGCCUCUUCAAAGGGACAUACGGCAGUCACGGCCUGGAGAUCAUCAUGCUGAGCUUCCACGGCUCCAAGGCCAAAGCCACCAAACUUACCGGUGACCCCAAUGUCCCAGCAGGUCAGCUGACGUUAGAAAUCGACCUGAACCGGCCGGUGCGUCUGCCGGACCUGGAGCACCAGCGGAGCAUAGAAGAGCUCUCUCGCCUGGUGCUGGGGGUGCACGAGGAGGCCCAGAGGGGGCCACAGUCCCGGGACGCCCCAUCAGAGACUGCAGAGGGCUCAGAUUCGGCUCCCCCUGCUGGAGCGGAGGAUGUGGAGCCAGGAGCUGCUGCAUCUGAAGCGCAGCCGUUUGUGCUGCCUCUGGGAGUCAUGGCCCGUAAUGAAGUGUAUCCUCGCACCUGCAAGAUGUGUUUUUAUGGAACAGGCCUGAUCGCCGGCCACGGCUUCACGAGUCCAGAGCGCACACCGGGUCUGUUCGUGCUAUUCGAUGAUGACCACUUUGGCUUUAUUUGGCUGGAGCUCAAGUCCUUCAGUCUGUACAGUCGGCUGACCGACCAGCUGUCCCACGCUCAGGCCCCCACCCUGGAGCGCUUCGAGGCUAUGCUCCGCAACAUGCAGUCAUGGACAUCCUGAGAGCAAACCUCACACUAGCUUUCUCAUCAGGCACAUCCUCUGGUAUUACGCUCUGCACCGUCAGGGACCUCCCUGCUGACACACACACACACACACACUCACACACACACACACUCUCACUAUAACACAUAUAUACAC